CUGGGAGCAGAGACUAAAACCCCCAGACGCUGCCUGCCGGGUCUUCUGGGCUGGGCUUUCCCCGCCUUCCUCUUCUGUCUUACUCGCUCCUCUCCUGCGAUCGGGAUUUUACCCAGGGCUCAGGAGACAGCUUCACCUGCGGUGCUAAAGCUCACGUCCUUUGCAGGAAGUGCUCACCACCUGGUAUGGCAGACUUUUCUCCCCAGCAAAACUAAAGGUAUCUGUGAAGGUGAGCACCGCAGAGGUUUUGCACAUGAGACCUGAAGGGAGCCUUUGAUACAUUGCCUGUAGCAAGAAGAGGGGGCCACCAUGAAGGAAAAUAUGCCAUCUGCACUUGCUUUCAUCCUACUUUUUCUCAACAUCAGCCUUCUGAAUGGACAAUCACCACCCGGAAAACCAGAGAUUCACAAAUGCCGUUCCCCUGAUAAGGAAACAUUCACCUGCUGGUGGAAGCCCGGGACAGAUGGAGGACUUCCUACCAAUUACUCGCUAACUUACAGCAAAGAAGGAGAGAAAACCACCUAUGAAUGUCCAGACUACAAAACCAGUGGCCCCAACUCCUGUUUCUUUAGCAAGCAGUACACUUCCAUAUGGAAAAUAUAUGUCAUCACAGUAAAUGCUACUAACCAAAUGGGAAGCAGUACCUCGGAUCCACUUUAUGUGGAUGUGACUUACAUAGUUGAGCCAGAGCCUCCACGGAACCUGACUUUAGAAGUGAAACAGCUAAAAGACAAAAAAAUGUAUUUGUGGAUAAAAUGGUCCCCACCCAGCAUAACUGAUGUAAAAACUGGUUGGUUUACAAUGGAGUACGAAAUUCGAUUGAAGUCUGAAGAAGCAGAUGAGUGGGAGACCCAUUUUACAGGACAGCAAACACACUUUAAGGUUUUUGACUUAUAUCCAGGACAAAAGUAUUUUGUCCAGACUCGAUGCAAGCCAGACCAUGGAUACUGGAGUAGAUGGGGCCAAGAGAAUUCCAUUGAAAUACCCAAUGACUUCACCUUGAAAGAUACAACUGUGUGGAUCAUUGUGGCCAUUCUCUCUGCUGUCAUCUGUUUGAUUAUGGUCUGGGCAGUGGCUUUGAAGGGCUAUAGCAUGAUGACCUGCAUCUUUCCACCAGUUCCUGGGCCAAAAAUAAAAGGAUUUGAUACUCAUCUACUGGAGAAGGGCAAGUCUGAAGAACUGCUGAGUGCCUUGGGGUGCCAAGACUUUCCCCCAACUUCUGACUGUGAGGACUUGCUGGUGGAGUUUUUAGAAGUGGAUGCCAAUGAGGACGAUCGGCUAAUGCCAUCCCGUUCCAAAGAAUAUCCGGGUCAAGGUGUUAAGCCCUCACACCUAGAUCCUGACAGUGACUCUGGUCAUGGAAGCUAUGACAGCCAUUCUCUUUUAUCUGAAAAGUGUGAGGAGCCCCAGGCCUACCCUCCUACUUUCCACAUCCCUGAGAUCAUUGAGAAACCAGAGAAUCCUGAGGCAAAUAUUCCUCCCACUCAGAACCCCCAAAGCAACAUACCCUAUUUUCAUGCAGAUGUAUCCAAAUCUUCAACAUGGCCUUUACUGCCUGGCCAGCACAUGCCAAGAUCCCCUUACCACAGCAUUGCUGAUGUGUGCAAGCUAGCUGGAGGUCCUGUGAAUACAAUGGCCUCUUUCCUGGACAAAGCAGGAAAAAAUGUUCUGAAGUUUUCUAAAACCCUUGAGACUGGAGAGAAGGAUGAAGUGGCAUUGAAAGAGGAGAUGAAAAGCUUCCACUCUGAGACUAAACAAAACACAUCGUGGCCACUGCUCCAGGAGAAAGCCCCCAUUGUCUAUACUAAACCCCCAGAUUACGUAGAGAUUCACAAAGUCAACAAUGAUGGAGGACUAUCAUUGUUCCCCAAACAGAGAGAAAACAACCAGACAGAGAAGCCUGGGGUUCCUGAAACCAGUAAGGAGUAUGCCAAGGUGUCUGGGAUCAUGGAUAACCACAUCCUGGUGUUAGUGCCAGAUUCAUCAGCUCAGAACACAGCUUUGUUUGGGGAAUCAGCCAAGAAGGCACCUCCAUUGCUUGAACAAAACCAAUCUGAGAAAGAUCUGGCCAGUUUUGCUGCAGCCUCGAGCAACUGCAGACUCCAACUGGGCAGGCUGGAUUACCUGGAUCCCACAUGCUUCAUGCACUCCUUUCACUGAUGGCUAGACUUAUGGAACAAUUGGCUAAAAUGUGAUUUUUCUUCAGGUAACACUACAGAGUCAUGAAACGAUGUGGUCUGCUAGCAAAUGUUACAGAAUGUGGGCUAAGAAACGAAAAGCACUACUUCACUCCUUUUCAUUCUCACGUUCAACACUUGCCUCUUCUCAACAGCUGAUCUCCAGAACAAAUUGAUUUGUUUCCUGUGAUUUGUAGAUUUGCUUUUUGCUAUUAGUUAUGUAUAUGUGUUCAGUGAAAAAAGCACAUUGCCUACUGUUCUUGAGGAAUGGUGCCAAUAGGUAUAGCCUCUGCAAUACAUUUGGCAUGUGACAGAGAGUGCAAAUCCGCCAAAAUGACUUAGCCCAAGAUGAUGACAGAUAUGUUGAAAAUGCCAUAAGAAAAUGCUUCUAAGAACUGAUUGCUAAGCCAUUACACUCCUUUUUAUUUUUAUUAAGAUGCCCCAAAUAUAGCACUUUUUGAAAGAAUACAUUCCAGGACACCAUCCAAAUUGUUUACAUCAGUCUUUAUACCUUACUGACCCAUUGCCUAUAUGAAAAUGAAAAUGCCCCCAAUUUUUUCUUAAGGCAAUUUGAAUAUGUUAAACAUGGGUUAUUCUAAAUUUUGUUUUAUUCUAAGGCCUCUAGAAAAUAUAGUUUGGGAAAAUAAAAUUUUCUCCCAAAAUUAGGCCAAUGAAUUCCACAUAGUGAACCAUUUUCAAAUAUUUUCCGUCCUUCGUUUAAGCAGGACAGGUGAUUUGUUAUAGACCCUGAUAUUUUCUUAGUGGAAAAAAAUUCCCAAAGACUAACUUUAAUAAAAAAGGUUAUCAUUGAAGGAUGCUAAUAGAAGUGUUGCCUUAUUGUACAUACAACUCUACUUUAAUACAAACCCAUAAGUUUAGCAAUGUAUUUUUGAAGACUAUUUUUCUAUUGUUAGGCAAAGUAAAGACUAUUUUCUAACCUCCCAGUACUGUUGUUUACGUAUUCGAGUGGGUACAGUAAUGUCUGCUGCAAGGUUACAGUGAGUAUUCAAGGUACAUAUAGUAUAUGCAAUCUCUGUUAGAGGGAGAUGCCAGGCCAAACCAUUGCCCACUGAGGAAUGUGGAAUGGAUGAAAAACUCAAUUGAUUACAAUAGAGUACUUAUCUGACUUUUAUUUUAUCUCCAGGAUACUUUAAACAGCAACCAUUACUGAUUUAGGGUUUUAGGUCUCUCUAUAGACCUAAAAUAUUUCUCCCAUAAGCUUAGGGCCCCGCCCACCUAUGGGUGACUCUUACAAACCACCAUGAAAAAAGAGAGUGAUGACUGUUAAUGGUUUCCAAGCGAAAGGUUUGACUUUGUUUUGUUUACUUUCUUCUGAGCAAUCCUGAACAUGAAAGGAUUUUAAGCAAAACCAAACAUCAGCAUCUCUUUGGAAUAGAUGCCUUUGCAAACUCUUGGCAGAGGCUGUGCUCACAUCAGAAAUGUCCAGAUAAAGGUUCUAGGAAAGCAAUCAUCUACUCAGUGAUUUAAAAAAAAGCUUCAAAGGUCAGGGGAUGGUAGAAUAUCAAGCCAACUCCAAGGUUAGGCUUCCUGAGAAGUCUCAAAGCCUUGGAUCUCCAUUUCUUAGGAGCAUCCAUGACUCAUUGACUAUACUCUGUCUCCCUCUAUUUUUCAUCUCACUUAUUGGCAAAUCAAGUUGCUAACUGGAUAUAGAUCUGUACUCACUUCUUAUGAGUUAAAUAUUUCACCGAACAAGCACAUACUGAUAGAAACAAGACUGAGAUUCUCCGAUGGCUGAAAAUAAACAUGUAGUCAAGGCUUUCAAAACUACAAAUGCAAACACCUGAAGCAUAUUUUUCCAGUACAGAAACACUGUGAUAAAUAGAAGCAUUCAGGAACGUUGUCCAGGUUCAUUCAAUACCCCAAAUCCUCCAUACUAACUGUCUGAAGACCAACAACAAUGGCAUCACGUGGGCUCUGCUUGGAAAUUUUGUUUGCAGCAUCUCAAGCCUCUUCGAAAACAUCCAGAAUUGGAGUCUGCAUUUACAAACUUCCAGAUAAUUCAUGCACACACUCAAGCUGGAGAAUCAUUUUUCUCUAUGACCAUUUUCAUGAUAGGUUGUUUUUUUCCCUCUGGGAAAGUAUGAAGCAAGUCUACUUCACUGGAAACGAGCAACACUGUAUGUAACAAGAAAGCAAAAACAAAGCUAUUAGUGAUCUAAAAUUCACACAAGGAUGAAGAUUCUAUGAAGUCACGCUAGAGAAUGAUGUGCAAAAUCCACACAACUUCUAAGAAGGCAAGUUAAUCUAGUUCACCCUGAAAACUACUGACAAAGAGAAUAAACCUCAAAGCCAGUAAAAACUAAACCUUUCCCAACAUAUUCUAUUCCUUCCCAGGAGACAAAUAAAUGCAUUUAUUUACAAAUUGCCACUAUAAAAUUGAUAAUGCAUAUGUUACUCAUAGUUUGACAUUUUAAAAAUCUGCUUUGGAUAUAUAAUUUUGCAUAUAUGAGAAAUAUGGCUGACUAAAGUCAAGUUACAUUCCACAAAAAUAAGUUAAUAUCCAUGAAAUAAAAUCAAAUCGAUACUCCUAUUCACUUAUUAGAAUCAUUAUAGUCAAAUAUUUUCUGUUGAAAGACAGCUGCUUGAGUGAAAUGGUGCAUAGUAGAAGCCAGGACACCUGGGCUCUAGUCCUAUUUUACUUUGGAGAGACCAAUUUUCUAUUUGAGAUUUCGGUUUUCUCUGUUAGACCAAUAAUCUCUAAGGCCUUUUGAAAUCCAAUAUUCUUGUUUCUAUGACUCGCUGAAUACUUGGAACUAAUUUUUUGCAAUCUUAGUUAUGUCUUCAGACUCUUAUAGAAAUGCAGAAACACCUUCAUUGAUGUGCUCAUGGUACUUCAUUCUUUAAAGCUCAGCACCCAUUCAUCUUCAUCUAUUGCACAUAUAUUUUAUAUUAUACAGAUAUCAUAUAAGUCAGACUCAAGGAUCAUGUGCAAAUAUGUAGUGCUAAGAAAGACAGAGGAAAUGAGACGUUCAUCUUUAGAAAAAUUACCUUUUAUAUAUCAAGCCAUGCUCAUUCCUGUGUGGAGCCAUCAGCCCUAAUCUCUGUUCUUGUAUGUACUUGUUGCCUGUUUUCUAAUCAUCAUGUUUCAUGAAUAACCAUUGCCCAUGUAGAUUAAAGAACCUUUUGCUCUGAAUCAUAAAAAUGUAUAAUGUUGUAAAAACUAUCUAAAAACUCAAGUUAUAAAGCACAUGGAAACUGAAUAUAUCCAGUGGAUGAUUGAUGGAACUUUAGGACAUAAAUGGCAAAACUAUCUCUGAUAAGUUUUAACAAAUGCAUAGAAUGAACUUUAAUAUGAGCACAACUUAGCAUCAGCUGUGUCACUGAUUCCUGAUAGAUGAUACAUUUUCCUAAGUGCCUGAGACCAGUUCUGGUAGUCAGUUAUAGGUUAGUGAUUCAGUGUGGUUUGGUGGGAAGCAGCCAAACUCUUAUUGCAUGUGUAAAAUCUAAACUGGGAGACUGUGCUUGAAAUGAUCCAAGAGAAUCACUGAGUCCUCAGUUGAUGAAUCGAGCUACAGGGGAAAGCUUGUCCUGAUGGAAAACCAGCUUUUUCUUUUUCCCUUUUUUAUUCAGCUACCCUUUGCUGCCCAUCAUUUGCAAAAAGACUCAGCCUACCCUUAACAACUUCAAUUUAGCAUAGACAAGAAAGAAACAGAUCUGUAUAUGUUUUACAAAGUGCCUUUCUUUACUUUUUUUUUAAAAAAAAGGUUUCAUUUUGGAAGAAAAGUGCAUUGAUUAGAAAAUAAAUUUUAUCUUAAAUGGCUUUCUUUUAAAUAAAUGGAGAGAUGAACAAAAGAGAAGCCAAAAGGGGGAUGACAAAAUGAUCUAAAGACUAACCAGUAAAAUGUGCAGGGAUUUUUGUGUGUAUAGUUUAAUUGAAUCAUAACAGAACUGAAGUGAAUAGUGUCAAUCACUUUGCCUGAGUCCAAGCUUGAUGGGAGAUAAACCAAUCAACCCAUGCAUGAUUCAAGACUCUCCUUUCUGAAACAAAAUGUGGAUGCACUCUUUUAUGACACUGAAUUGUAUGCCAAGCCCUGAAGAGGAUGAUGUGUGCAUUUUGAAGCUCUGCACACAGACGGAAAAUUAACAAUGACCUUGAAUAUCUAUUCGCUGAUUUGCCAUGGCUGAAAGUUUCAUGCAUGCUUCAUUGAACAAGGUUUCUUUUCUGAUUUUUUUGGCAUAGCACAAUACUGAUGCUGGUAGAAGAUUCUCUGAGCCCUCAACGCCCAGUUCUAGGUUACAGCACUGCUAGUAGGUUGCAAGACCUGGAACAUUUCUUUUAAUUCUGAACACUUGUUUCCUCUGUCUUAAAUAAGUAGGUCAAUCCUCUCAAAAAAUGUUUCUAUAAUUUCUUCUAGGUCUGUCUUUAAUUCUCAUGAGUUAAGUAAAAUCUAAAAUUGCAGGUGAAAAGCCCAGGUGCCACUGCCAACAUGCCCAUGACCUAGGCAGUGAAUGUGCAGAAAUGCUUCAUAAAAAACUGACCUCCAUUUCUCUGAGUCAGGUAGACCAGAACCCCCGAAACUCUGUUGGCUUACCAGUUCUACACACUUAUAGCCUUUUCAGUCCCUCUUUCCAGGACCUGUUGUUCUCCCGAAAGAUCAAUAGUAAACUUGGGGUCUACAAGAACAAAAACACCCAUAAACAAUAUGGGUGUUUUUGGCUCUGCAUACUCCACAUAGACACAAACCCACACUGAGAUCAUAAGUAAUGCUUCAUUUAAAUAUGCACAUGUUUAAACACUCAAGCCGGUAAUUCAUCAUCUAACAAAUCUGGGCUCUCUUGAUGAGUAGAUGCUGACCGUAUUAAAGAGAAUCUAUAAAAUAUAGACUGUUUGCUUCUGAGUGUAUGAUCUAACCAGAAAAUCUACUUACAAUCACAAUCCUUUCCUAUGAAUAAUAUACGUGACAUCUGUAAAUCACAUCAGAAUUUUCUCCUCCGAGUUUUAUUUUCCGCGAUGGUAACUUUGGGUUUGAGUUCUGCAUGGUAUCAAUUUCCAAUGGAGGAAAAAGGUAGAAAACAGAGUGUCCCAAAGUAUGGGGCAUAUCAGAGCCACCACCAAAUGGAGAGUAUCCAUUAACUCAAAUCUUACUGAAAAUGGUGAAUCUACAUGUAAUGAUGAGUUAAUUGCUAAGAGGCAUAAUAACUCAUAAGACCACGGGCAAAUGGCUAUUCCAUUCACACCAAUUCUUUCUAUCUCAAGUUAUAAAGCAUUCAGACACAUAGAGUAGAAAGGCUAUAUGGUCUGGCCAAUGAAUAAAGGGGCUCACAGAUAAUCUUAGUAUGUUGAUUAAUAUUUGCCUACUGUUUAAAAAGAGAAGAAAAAUUUUAAAAACCUUUGUAACUGCAACAGUACUAUCAAACAUAAACUUAAAUAAUUAUGGCCAAAUUAUGCCCCCCUGGAUAAAGUUGAAAAUACAGACUUAGUUUUUCUGUGCACAUUUUGAAAACUGGGAAGGCAAUCUUUUUAUCACAUUCUCUAAAAUGAAAAAAAAAAAACUACAUUAGAAAAAUACCUCUGAAAAAUCAUGUGUUUUACUAAAUUUCUGAGAAAAAUAAUUUUAAUUUUAAAAACUACCUCCCUUCCACAUCCUAAUGACUUUUCAUCAAAGCUGCUUAUAGUUAGAAAUGAAAGAUACCACAUUUUAUAUUUGGACUGGUGUUGAUGGAAUAAUUGAUAUGUUUCUUAUGUGUGACACUCCUCGUUCUAAAAUAUAUGUUCUUUUCCAUUAUAUUGUUUUUGUGGUUCAAAACCAGUAUAUGCCAUAUUGAAAUAUAUAAUCAUCUUGUUGUAAAAUUUAUCAUGUAAUACAAAUGAAAAUCUUUAUUUAAUGACUUAUGAUCUAACAUAUCUAAUUUCAAAAUAAUUAUGUCUAUGUUUGUAAAGCAAAACUAAAAAUAUGUAAUCAUAUAUGUAAUCAUGUAUUUCUGUUGAAACUGUGAAAGUACUGAUUUUUUUUUCUUAAUCUUUCUCUACAACUGAUAUUGUGUGUCACUGUACAGCUAACCUGGAGUAUUCAUGUGUUUAAAGUACAAUCCACCGAUUACUGAAAUGUCAACCCUUUGGCUUUGCUUCAUGUGAUCCCUAGUGUUCUUUGCUCCUUGAGACUUGCUUUUGUGCUCUGUCAUUAAUUAUAAACAGUGGAAGAGUCUCUUGUAUAAACCAAAGCAAUCCAGAUGCAGCCCAUUAAGUGAUCGUGUCAAGCCAUAUUGAAGCAAAGACUCCGCUCUAGCAUAAAGUUCCCUAUUUCCAGAGCUGCCACUACCUCUUUCUUGCUCUUUCCCUACAAAAUGCCAAGCAAAAUUUAACCUUAAGUGGGAAAUUAGAAGUGAUUGCUAUUGUUGUCAUUUUUAACCUAAUAAUAAACCUUCUAAUUCAUUACUUUGCAGAUGUAUGCUAGAUUUUAUGGAUCAUUUUUACAUUUCAAUAAUUUGUAGACAUAGGCUGAGGAGUCAAGUGCAGAAAGACUACUCAGUAAUUCAUCAGAUUUUUUUGAAAAAAAUAUAGAGAGUGUAUUUUUCCUAUUAGUGAGUCACCUCAAGGUGAUUGGCCAAAGCAAUUAUAACCUGUAUUGUUAUAUUUGAAAUACCCAACACAGUGCCUGACUCAAAGGUGUUUAUUGCCUUUGCCUCCCUUGAUUCUAUUUUUUUGUUUGAAAUGCAAAUGAACAGAAUUACAUGGAUGUGGAUAAAGUAGUUUCCUUGAAGAAUUUUUGCUACUAGAAGAUCUAUAAUCAUGAAUUAGUAAUUUAAUUUUCCCAAACUCCCAAGAAUUAAAUAUCCUCUUUAUUUGAUUUUAACCAUCAAAUAUAGUAUGGUAUCGGAAAAGCCAGCCAUUCAUCAGAAAUAAUACUGUUGUGAUUUUAAAGACUCAUUUCUAUGUGUCACUAUUAUUGAAUCUACUUUUUUCACUUUAAAGGGUUAUACAGUGUUAAACUCAUAUGAUUUGUCCUCUUGCAUUUUUCGCUCUGCGAAUCUUUAUUACACAAUUGUACUUUGCAAAUUUAUUCAUUUGUCUCCAUCCACUUUGCAGGGAAAAUAUGGAUAGUUAAAUCUUUGUUGAUAAUAUGAAGAUUAUGCUAAUUUCUCUAACUUCAUUUUUACUGCAUGCCAAAAAUGCUUGCCAAACAGAAUCUUAGACAUGCCAGAAUAAUAUGGUCACUAUAUUUCUAUUUGUGUCGUUAUUGAAAAUACCCAGCUCAGUGCCUGGCUCAAUAAAUGUUUGUUACCCUUG